CUCAGAACGCCGCUUCAGUCCAUCUAAGUGCCUAGACAAUCCGAGGCCACACUUACAUCAAUAGCUAGCCACCUAACUCUGCUAUAGUCGUCUCAUCUCAUUCUGCUUUCCCCAACAUUCCAUUCUCACUUCUCACCUCCUUCAAAGCGACCUAGUUCUCGUUGACAGAUACCACCGCUCAUCAUGAAUCCUGAAUACGACUAUCUCUUCAAACUCCUUCUCAUCGGAGACUCUGGCGUCGGAAAGUCUUGCUUGUUACUUCGAUUCGCCGAUGAUACGUACACAGAAAGUUACAUCUCCACCAUCGGUGUCGAUUUCAAAAUCAGAACUAUUGAACUCGAUGGGAAGACGGUGAAGCUCCAGAUUUGGGACACAGCAGGUCAAGAACGUUUCCGAACCAUCACAUCGUCUUAUUACCGUGGCGCCCAUGGCAUCUGUGUUGUUUACGACGUGACCGACAUGGACUCUUUCAACAACGUGAAGCAGUGGCUCCAGGAAAUUGAUCGCUACGCCACAGAAGGGGUCAACAAACUGCUUGUGGGCAACAAGAGCGAUAUGGAAGACAAGAAAGUCGUGGAGUACACCGUAGCCAAGGAAUUCGCCGAUAGUCUUGGAAUUCCUUUCCUUGAAACCUCAGCCAAGAAUGCUUCCAAUGUUGAGCAGGCUUUCUUGACCAUGGCUCGGCAGAUCAAGGAGCGUAUGGGAACUGCCACUGUUAACAACAAGCCGACUGUGCAGGUCGGUCAGGGUCAGGGUGUUCAAUCUGGAUCCGCAGGCGGUUGCUGCUAAGGGAGUCAUGGUAUACACAUGCUGUUCUGUGUUCAAGUGUGUUGUAACUUCUGAGCGACGGAAAGGGUAUUUUAGCCCAGCUCCCAGUGAUGGAUUGCCUUUAUACCGGGAAUCGUUCAGAUAGUCUUCUGGG